AUGACGCCCGCCGCCUACGCACUCGCAGGCUUCCUGGCAGCCUUGUACCUCGUGGGAGAACUUGCGCGGCGGUGCGGCGCGCCGGCCCUCGUCGGGGAGAUAAUCGUAGGCCUGGUGCUCGGUCCGUAUGGUUUUGACGUCGUGCCGCAGACAAGAGCGUGCACGAUCGCCGGCGAAUUAGGACUCGCAUUACUGGUUUUGGAAGGAGGCUUACAUGUGGACCUCAAGACGCUGAGGGAGGUGGGCGGCGUCGCGAGCCGAGUCGCCGUCGCCGGCACGGCGCUGCCCGCAUUAGCGGCGUGGGGCCUCCUCGCGCUGCUGCCCGCGUUCACGGCGCGCGAGGGCCUGCUCUGCGGCGUCGCCCUGAGCUCGACGGCGAUUGGGAUGGCGGCCCAGCUCAUGACCGAUCUGGGCCUCAUCGAGACGGAGCUGGGACGAGUAGUGGUCACUGCCGCGAUGGUCGACGACGUGCUGUCGCUGGUAUUGUUGGCCGUCGUGCGCAAGUCCACGACGACCUUCGUGGACGUGGCGAAGCCGGUCGGAGCGUCGGCGGCCGUCGUCGUCGCCGGCGUGGGCCUCGCCGCGCUCACGCCGCGGGUCGUAGCUCGAAGGCCGGCGCCGCCGGACGUGCUCGUCGCAAUGGCGCUCGCCCUGGGCGCCGGCGCCGCCUUCGCCGCGGACGCCGCCGGGUCGACGCCGUUGCUCGGCUGCUUCGCCGCGGGAGUGUGCUUCGCGAGCGUCGAGGGCGUCGCCCACCGCUUCGACGAGGUCGUGGGACCGCCGGCGGCGUGGCUCUACCGCGUCUUCUUCGCGUCGAUCGGUUUUGUCGUGCCCCUGGGCCGGCUCGCGUCCGCGCCGGCGGCGCUCUACGGGCUUCUCCUGAGCCUCGUGGCCGUGCUCACGAAGGUGGGCACGGGACUGUUCUACCGUGAGGACCCCUGGAAGGUCGGCUGGGCCAUGGUCGGGCGCGGCGAGCUCGGCUUCGUGAUGGCCCUGGAGUCAUUUCACAGGGGCCGGACGUCGAGGCUCGCGCUGAGCGUGACGGUCUGGGCGUUGCUCGUCGCGACGCUCGUCUCGCCCGUGGUCCUGCGGCGGCUCCUGGCGCGCACCCGCGGCGGCGGCGACGGCGACGACGCGGAGACCAGGCGUGCUGAGGCGGCGCCGGCGGCGAAGGCGGCGGCGCCCGAGUAA